AUAAAAGUAGGUGAUGAUCUCAUAGGAGUCAAUCCCUUAACAGCAGCUGUCCAGUCUGUCCAAAAGAAUGGCUGCUUCUUCACUCCUCAACUCCACAUUCUUCCACGCCUCUUCUCCACCACCACCAUCACCAUACAACAGAAAACCAAUUUCCUUUCCCUCCUCCUCUUCCAAAUCCCUCUUUCCUCCCCGCUCCUCCCUUAAUCCCCUUAUCCUUUCCAUCCACCAAAACUCUCUCAUAACCCCAAACUGUAGUAGUAACAACAAUAACAACUACCUCUUCGCCAAACAAAACCGCUUCUUCUUCUUCUCCUCAGCCGCCCUAGAUUCCCUCCUCCUUCUCUGCGCUUCACUCGCCUUAUCCAUCUCUCUCUUUGUCGGCGAUGUCGACUCCGCCUCCGCCUUCGUCGUCACCACUCCCAGGAAAUUACAGACCGAUGAGCUCGCCACCGUUCGCCUUUUCCAAGAGAACACUCCCUCCGUUGUUUACAUCACCAAUCUCGCUGUCAAGCAGGACGCGUUUACUCUGGACGUGUUAGAAGUGCCGCAGGGUUCGGGUUCAGGGUUCGUGUGGGACAAACAGGGUCACGUUGUUACCAAUUACCAUGUCAUUCGUGGCGCUUCUGAUCUUAGAGUCACUCUUGCUGACCAGACAACUUAUGAUGCAAGAGUUGUUGGAUUCGACCAAGAUAAGGAUGUUGCUGUGUUGCGUGUUGAUGCACCCAAAGACAAACUGAGACCCAUACCUGUUGGAAUCUCUGCGGACCUGCUUGUUGGUCAAAAAGUUUUUGCUAUUGGAAACCCUUUUGGACUUGACCAUACUCUUACAACUGGUGUUAUCAGUGGGCUUCGCAGAGAAAUCAGUUCUGCAGCUACUGGCCGACCUAUUCAGGAUGUUAUACAGACAGAUGCUGCCAUCAAUCCUGGUAAUAGUGGAGGGCCUCUAUUAGAUAGUUCUGGAAGUCUGAUUGGGAUAAACACGGCUAUAUAUUCUCCAUCUGGUGCAUCCUCUGGUGUUGGAUUUUCAAUUCCUGUUGAUACCGUAGGUGGCAUUGUUGACCAGUUGGUGAGAUUUGGGAAGGUUACAAGACCAAUUUUAGGAAUUAAGUUUGCACCUGAUCAAUCAGUGGAGCAGUUGGGUGUAAGUGGGGUGCUUGUCUUAGAUGCUCCUGCAAGUGGGCCAGCUGGUAAAGCGGGCCUGCAACCAACCAAACGUGAUGCCUAUGGUAGACUCAUUUUGGGUGACAUCAUAACAUCUGUGAAUGGUAAGAAGGUCACCAAUGGCAGUGAUUUGUACAGAAUUCUUGACCAAUGUAAAGUGGGCGAGAAGGUGACUGUGGAGGUGUUGCGUGGUGAUCACAAGGAGAAGAUUCCUGUAACCCUUGAACCGAAGGCUGAUGAGUCAUGAUAUGCCUAGCGGUCCUGCACGUAUAUUUUAGGUACAUGUAUAUUUAAGCCCAGUACAUAUAGGAUGAAAUGUCAUUAUAUUUGUGUAUUAAUUGUUUCUUGCUAAGGGGUCCUGAUGUACAUAUGUAUUGCAAAUGCUGUAACAAAGUUUUCAUAUUCUUGAGGUAAAACUGUGCAACUGUAAUCUCCUUUAAUGGGUAUCAAUUGAAAGCAAAAAAGAAUUAAAGAACUAAA